AUAGCGGCGGUGUCACAUCGGGGCACUUCCUGGUCGGAGGCUGCCGGUCCCGGGGCAGCGAGCAGGGACGCGCCGCUGGGGAAGGCGGCGGAGGGAGGCCCCGGGAAGAGGAGGAAGCCGAGCAAAGGACAUGUAUACCUCUGAGAAACCUUCUCCAACAAAAUACCUUGCUUCAGGACCUGUCUUGGAUUAUAUACAAAGAAGUUUCCAGUCAUGAGUGCAGAUGCUGAGCAGGAUGCUGCUAUCAAACUUGCCCAGGAACGAGCAGAGAUAGUUGCCAAGUAUGACCGAGGACGUGAGGGUGCUCAGAUUGAACCGUGGGAAGAUGCUGACUACCAUCUUUACAAAGUCACAGAUAGAUUUGGGUUUCUACAUCCAGAGGAGCUUCCUGUCCAUGAUGCGGUGAUAGAAAAGCAAAAGAACCUUGAAAUUGAAAGAACUACAAAAUGGCUUAAGAUGCUGAAAAGCUGGGAAAAAUACAAGAAUAGUGAAAAGUUUCAUAGGAGAAUUUAUAAAGGGAUCCCACUGCAGUUGAGAGGGCAAGUCUGGUCCUUGUUGCUUGAUGUUCCGAAGAUGAAAGAAGAAAUGAAAGACUUUUAUAAUAAAUUGAAGUGUCAAGCACGAGGGUCUUCACCAGAUAUUCGACAAAUUGACCUCGAUGUGAACCGCACGUACAGAGACAACAUCAUGUUCCGGGACAGAUACGGUGUGAAGCAACAAUCUUUGUUCCAUAUUUUAGCUGCAUAUUCCAUAUAUAAUACGGAAGUUGGAUACUGUCAGGGAAUGAGCCAGAUCACAGCUUUGCUCCUGAUGUUCAUGAAUGAAGAAGAUGCCUUCUGGGCCUUGGUGAAACUUCUCUCUGGUCCAAAGCACGCUAUGCAUGGUUUUUUUAUUCCUGGUUUUCCAAAACUGAUGAGGUUUCAGGAACAUCAUGACAAAAUUCUGAAGAAAUUUUUGUCCAAACUGAAGGAGCAUUUGGAUUCCCAGGAUAUGCCCACCAGCUUUUACACAACCAAGUGGUUUUUCCAGUGUUUUCUUGAUCGUACUCCCUUUACAUUAAGCCUCAGGAUAUGGGAUAUCUACAUACUUGAAGGAGAGAGGAUUCUCACUGCUAUGUCUUACACAAUUCUGAAACUGCACAGAAAGCAUCUGAUGAAAUUACAAAUGGAAGAGCUUGUAGAAUUUCUGCAGGAGUCUUUAGCCAAGGAUUUCUUCUAUGAAGAUGACUUUGUAAUAGAGCAGCUCCAAAAUUCUAUAUCAGAAUUGAAACGAGCAAAGCUGGAUUUACCAGUAGCUGGUAAAGAAGAUGAAUUUCCAAAGAAGCCAUUGGGGCAGAUUCCAUCAGGACCUCCGCCCUCUGUGCUUAACUCCACUCCAAUGCUUAAUGGACAGAACAGUACUGGUACACAAGCAGCAAGACAAAGGACAGAGAGAAGAACAUCCACAGAAGAAGAAUCAGAAAGCUCACCAAACAACCGAAAAAGAAUUAAUUCUGUGGAAAAGAAACCUUCAUUAAAACAGCAAAAGAUUCGACCAGUAGAGACACAAAACAGUUUGCCUAAGAAUGAGGUGGAUACCAGAAAAAAGCCUCAGCCAGCAGAGCAAGACAGCUCAAGUCUUUACAAUAAUGCAGCUGCUAAUCAGAAUUCUAAUGCUACUUCCAACACAAGAAGGGAAUUUGUACCUAAGUGGAAUAAACCAUCUGAUAUCAAAAUAAUGGAAAAGACAAUGAAACUCGCUGCAGAGGUGAAAGGGAGGUCAAUAAACCAGUCUGGUUUGGGCCCACCACCAAGUCCUGGAGAAAUGCAGUCUUUGAAUGUAAAGCAAAAGGUGAGGGUUUUGGAUGCUGAUGAAGGUAAGCGAGGGUCUAAUGCAUCUCAGUAUGACAAUGUUUCAGAGGAUGAAACUGAGAACGAGAAUGUUGUUGAAGAGAUGCUUGAGAGAGCUCAUCCACAAAGUCCUAGGCAUGUAGCAUUUUCUAAUAGUCCAAGAAAGCAAAUGGAAAAAACACCAGCUCCAUUAAAAAUACCCAAUAAUUACACCUUCACUUCACAAUCCAGAUCUCCAAAAUAUACAUCUCAGUCUGAUGGUCCAUCUCAUGGACUGAAUGUAAAGCAGCCACUGCCAGGUUAUAGUAAUCCCCCUACUUACUAUGGGAAUUCUCCAAAGCAUGUUUCCAGUACAAGCAAUACAAGUUCUGCACCUCUGCAUUACCAUGGGAAUCGACCCAGCCCCUCUGGAAGGCCGUACACUCAUUUUAUGGCAGUUGAUUAUUCCCCAAAUAAACUGCAAAUGAAUUCCUAUCCUGCCAGUCGCCAAAAUGCUCUUCCAGCAGCCCCUGCUCAGACAGAAGUUGCUCCUGUUGAUGCAUACACCAGCAACUCGAGGUCCUCCCCAGGUGUCAAGUUCAUAAUCCCUCCAGCAGAUUAUUUACCAGAGGAGCCAAAGUGGCCGGACGCCUACACCUACAGACACGAGCCCUACAGGCAGCCCUGGAGCCAAGACCUUAACAAAGGCCACUUGGAUCAUUUCCAGAAAUACCAGCAUUUUCUGCCAACACCUUUACAUGACCACAGACUUCCUGCUGUUCCUGUGGAUAGUCCAGUGAGAUACAGGACUUCCCCAACCUUGGAAGAGAAUGGUUCCCCACAGUACCAAUAUGCAAGCCCAUCAGCUCAAGCCCAACACUAUCGGAACAGGACUGAUGGAUUGUCAGUGCAUCUGACUGUGCAUGAGUCUGUGCAUGAGUCUGUGCUUCUCUGAGAAUCUGGCUGUGCUUAGUAAAGUGGCAAGAACCAAAACCAGUUGAACAGUACUGUGUUAGUAGUAGUCCUCCUCAAUUCUCUGAAAUGUGGAUGGUUCGUGUGAGUUCAGAAAUAAUGACACUUUGUCAGAGAUGUUUCAGACUUUGGUUGAAAGCUGGUGGAGUUCUUGGACUUGCAUGGAAGCUACUGGAAGUGAUCUAAUGCACAUAGACAUAGCAAUAAGCUCAUAUACAUCACGUGGUUCAUGCUGUCGUCGCUCCUUACAUUUUAAAUAACUCGUGUUACAAUCCUGCCUAAAACCUGUAACACACUGAAAAGUUUUGACUGACAUUGUUAAUGCACUGUACAGAUGUGUGCGUGUGUGCCUGUGUGAGUGUGCACUUACAGUACACAAACUCAUGUGGAAAAGAGCUAAAGAGUUUAAAUUUAAAUGCAUUUAACUUUGGGCAAAGCUUGUGAAGUACUUUUAUUUCAUAUUAAUUUUUCUUUGUAAUUUAUUUGAGAAGCCAUUCAUUUUGAAUGGGAAUUUCUGUCAUUUUUAUACAGCUGCCUCAGCAUCCCAGUAUCUGUUCUGGGCAGGAGAGAUGCUUUGGGAUUAUUAAUUUAAUCAUAUGUGAGAGUUAAUUUCCUCUCCUUUGACUACUGUUUGUCAUUUUCCUCAGCAGGAAGGAGCAGGCAGGAAAAAGCAGAUAGCCAAAAAUGUCUCUCUAAUCUGGCUAAGAAAUGGUGCUUAAAUUCAGCGCAGUGUUUAGGGGUUUUUUAAGUGCAUCAAAAAUGGAGAAUUUGUACCUUCUCACCCAAAUCUACCUUCAGAAUGUCGUUCUAUAUGCAAAAGACUGGAGCACAGUGAGACUAAUGCCAGAUACAGAAAUGGUGCUGCACCCUUCACUUUUUGCCAUGCUGUGCUGUCAGACUCAAACUGGUUGCAGGGCCAAAUCUCACAGGUAUCAGAGGAUUGCACAGCUCCUUGACACCUCUGUGAAGUGCACGCAGGAAUUUGAGCUUUGCUCCAAGCUUGACAUUCCCUGAGCUGUGUGAGUAUGCAGUGUCCCUUGUUGAGUGGAUUUUGUUGUGUUUUGCCCUUUUUCCCCCCAAAUUGCUGGUGGAUUCCUGUCUGUGGUGUGGGGCAUGUUCUGCUGUGCUGUUGGGCUCACACUGCACAGUGUUCUACACUAAAAUGACCCUGACUGUUAACAGGAACCUUAAACUCCUGCUGAUGUAAGUAAUUCUUUUAGUCUUUGCAGCUUUUUCUACUUUGUGUUUUCCUUUCUGUUUUGACUGUGAAUUGGGGGUGGAAUUAAAAGCAGGUGAAGUGGCACAUGGAGGAUGGAGUCCUGCGAGCUGCAGGACACGCUGACCUCUCGGAGCUGAGGCAGAGGAGGGUCUCACCAGGAGAGGUCCUUGGAGUGCUGAACAGAGAGAUUUCUCUAAUACUGAAGUACUAAACAUUGGUGUCAACACCAGUUUGGAAGCUUGUCCUGUUCCCUUUUGUUUUGUAAGAUUUGUUAACUGAAGACAUAGAAAUGGAUGUUAUUUUUUUUUCCUUUAAAGAAUGAGCUUUAGUGCCUAUUAUUGCUGCAGGUUGGCUCUGUAAGUUUAAGGUACAGAAGUAAAACAAUUUUUACAAAUGGAAGUAACAUUUACUUAGUAUGUUUCAAAACAUUUUUUUUUUGUGUAUAUAACGUGUCUGAUGUAAUUUUUAAUAACUGGGCAAUUUUAUAUUUUAAAAAUUGCAAACUGCAGCGAAGUAACUGUAGCCAAGCACUACACUGAAAUCCUAAACUAAAAUUGUGAAGAUAAAUAUGACUUGGGCUUACUUUAGUUCUGAUUGCUUACAGCAGCUUAGAAAUGUAUGUAUAUAAUAUUGUGGCUAAGUGUAAUAAUCUCAGUGUUUAAUGAUGGUUCUGUAAUUCAUAACAAAGCUGUACAAUUUAUUUGUGCAAACAACUUGAGGCUCCAAAAUAUGUAUCAGCAUUAGUAAAUACUGUAGAUUUUUAUAUAUAAAAUAUAUACACACUAUUUUCUUAUUUCAUCUGCAACAGUUUUAUAACUGUGUACCCUAUUUUGAUGUGACUGUAUUUUUAACAUGUUAAAAUAAUAAUAAUUAAGCUUAUGUUGUUUUGUCUUUCUUCUUAAUUAUUUGGUUAGCUCCAAACUGGACUUUAGCUAUUCUCAGCAGAAAUAAUUGCUUUUCAUAAAUGAAUCAUGUGUAUAUAUAUAUGACGUAUCCUAUUUAAUUUGUAUGUGUUUAUUUUUAGACUAAGCAAUGUGGAUAAAAUCUAUAUAGUGCUUUUGCAUUAUUGCAGAAGUGGCAAGGUUAUUGAUUAUAGUUUAUUACACAGGCUAAACCUUAGCCUGUCAUUUGCAAAAACUAGGAGCAUAAACUGUGAUCAUUAUUUUCUGGUUUUGUUCUAAUAAUCUCACCCAAUACCAGUUUAAAAGAGAAUUGUUGUCAUAAGGAAUUUGCAAAGUUGCAUUGAUCAAAGUGCAAAAUAAUAGUCUGACUGUGGCUUCUGUCUCUCACAUGUUUGCAGGAUGCUGUUGAGUUGUUUUUUUAAAAAGAAAAGCAACCCAGCCUUGUGUCAUCUGACUGUAGUGCAAAACACAUUUUUAUUUUCAUUUAACUGGACAAACCAGACUCAAGGUACAGGCAGAUUUGAGUCUGUCAUUCAUACCAGUAACAAAACCCACUUGAUGCUGCAGAGGGAAGGCAGACACAGCUGUGCCAGUGCCUUGCUGGUGGAGGGGCUCAUCUCAGUGUCAUGGAUUAGAUAUCCUCACAAGAGCUUUGCUGUCACUGUUUUCUUUGAUCUUAAAACAGUGGAGUGGUAAGUAUCAACAUAAAGUACUUGGGACCUUUUUUUUUUCUUCCUAUGGUUUAAUAAUUUUCCAAGAUCUCUGCUUUGAGCUGUAUAACUGUAAAUUUCUUGUCCAAGAUAGUUGGCUUUCCUUGUGUGAGAAAAAUUCAGCAUAGGGAUUUGAGGAAUUAACACAGAGGAACACAGAAGACAAAGUAAGGAGACAUAUCUAACUUCUGUAUGGCAAAAAUUUAGUGAAAUUAAACUAAUUAGGAUUUAAAUGGAAAAGAAAGGGCCUUGAGUAUAUGCUGUGGUUGCUUUUCUUUUCACUUGGAUGCUCUGCUAGAUUAAGUCUAAAGACUUCAUUGUGGUACUGAAGCAUUUAGUCUUGUGCAGUACAAAUUGUUGUGGCCAUGGAAGAAAGACAGGAUGGUAUCUCUGGUACUCUUAACCUUUUUGGUGAGUGAAAUGUGAUGGCAAGAUCCAGGUGCUUGCUUACCUGUAUAACCAAGUUACGUUAUGCACUGCAGGUGAAGACAGAAGCCAUCCCUGCUCUUCCUUCAAGGGGAGGAUUCUGGCAUCAGAUUUGGUGAUGAAUCUGAAUCUAAACAUCCACUUGCCUGGGCAGCUAAGGAAGAGAAUCUGACCUCAAGAAAAUUCUUUCCCUUUCCCCAGAUCCAUCUGUGGCCAGUCUGUAAUGCAACACAGAGGAAAGAGAAAACCUGUUUAGCCAGAAGUCUGUUAAGGAGAGUAUUCCCUCCUACACCUGCUGAUCACUACCUAAAGCCUUAAAGCAUGAUAUUGUUUGCAAUUGUUUCAAAAUUACCAGACUGGAGUGGACAAUCCUGUUUUUCUCAUGGCCAAGAUGAGUAAAUGCCAGUUACCUCUGUAAUAUCUGUCAGCAGCAUGAAUCCCUUGUUGUAAAAGUAACUGUUCUACCCCCACUAUCAGUAAACUUUCAAGGCAAAAAGUCAGAGAGUUUUAGAAAUCAUGGAGGAUGCAGAACAGAAGUACUGUAUUGCUAGUCAAAGAUACAACAUUGUAAUAAACCACAGAAUAAUUCCAAAAUUAGAUGCAAACAGUAAAUAACAUUGAAAUGUCAAAACACAGAACAGCCUUCCAUUGUGGGGAAGCAAAUCCAAAGCUUCCCUGAGGUACAUAGACAUUUUCCAGUGAGAUUCUUCUCAAGAAUCCUAUCCUGAAUUUCACAUCAUCCUCAAUAUGACUUUGAAAUGGACUUGCAAAUUGCAGACUUUUUUUUUAAUCUCCCCCUUGGGUGGCAUUACACUGCAUGCACAAAGAAGAAUACUAUUUAAAAUAUGCCAUCAAACGCCCACCGUUUCACUUCCAGCAGAGAACAUUCCACUUUCCAUACUUCAGUGAGAGGAAAAUAUAACCUUUUUUUGUAGUCCUUUAAAUACUGCAUUUUUGUAAAGUUCUGUAAAUGUAGCAUGGUUACAGUUGAACAGCUACUUAACCAAGUAUGGUUCAGAUGCUUGCUUAGAGAUCCUCUUUAGAUGGCAUGAAGCUACUGCAUAAUUUGCUGCAGUUUCUUUUUUCUUUUGGGCAAUAUUAAGACAAUCCAAAUGCUUUUAGUGGCAGAGUUGCAAUGAGGAGAUGAUUAGGCCAACAACUGAAAUUGGAAAUAUAACUGCAGUCGUUUUGGAAAAGCCUUUAAAUGGUUGCCAAAUCCUGGGAAAGAUACCAUUUUCUGGGUUCUUUGUGCCAAGAGAACUUACUGCAGCAAGGAACACGUAGGUCCCUCUCUUGAGUGAUUUGAUUCUUUCUGCUCACACCAAAUGCUUUUCUUUGUGCUUAUGGAGUUAAUAUGUUAGUAGAAAAAUCAAUGGAACUUUUAGAAUGAAUGAUGAGAAAACAAAGCUAUCUUGUUCUGACUUUUCUUUCUUCCUUUUUUGUUUGUUUUACUGAUUUUAUUGUCAGCCUUGUCAAGGUGAGCUGUGUGUGAUGUGAUUCUUCUGUCUUCUUUAGUAAUGUGCCAAGGAGUUUUUCAGAGGCUUUGUGAUGCCUUUUUUGGCUGCUGUUUCUGCUGUAUAUCAGAGGUUAUUGUUUGCCUCCUCAUCUUUUCCUUUCUAGAUUAUGUGCAAAUUAAGGGAACAGAAAUUAUAUUCUCAGUAUUACAGUUGAUCAGAAAUUCUCCAAGAAGGGUAAUUCCUGACAGAAAGCAAUUAAAUUUGGCAGUUGGUAAAGGACACUCUAAGGUGGAGACUUUUGUACAAGUCUGUGGAAUCCAAAGUCUAAGGUUGCUUCUGCUUGGGGUUAAGCACCAAAAACCAUAUUAGACACGAGGAAGAUCUUUUUGCAAAAUGCUGUGUCCUGCCACAGAAACAUGCCAGCUUGGAGCUACAGCUGACCUGCCAGUCCAAUAUAUUUGAUUUGGUUAAGUAAAUAACCUGUUUCCUGGUAAUGCAUUUCUUUUGUCAAAUUUUUCUACUGGAAAUGAGGUAAAGAAUUGAGGCCUGGGCUGGGAACUGGGGUGCCUGAGCUCUUCUCUUUAAUUAGGAGAACUGAAGAUGGCUUUUGGUUCAAACCAUCCACUUCAAUUGUUGUAUUUGUAAGUUCAGGAGUAUCUUUUAGAAUAACCUGUGGUAUUAUCCCUUAGGACUUGGGUUUUUUUCAAUAACAGAAGGUCUGUUAGAUUAGUUUGUCUAAUCUGUGCCUUCUUUUUAAAUUUCCCUGUUCCCAUAUUUCCCCAAAGAGAGCUCAGAUCUGGGAAUGACUCCAUAGGUAGUAAAUUGAUCUUAGUGGUUGAUGGUAGAUCUCCAGUGCUACCAUCAGGUGGGUUGGAUGGUAUUUUCAGGCACCUUAGAACUCAGCAUGAAAACUGGGGUUUUACAAUACAGGUAAGUAAAAAAGCUUUACUGGUGCAAGGCUCCCCUUGAACCCUGCAGCAGUGUGUGGUUUAUAGUCAAACUCACACAGCUUUGAAGCAGAAGGGCUGCUUCUCAAACGUGAUGAUGCUUAACUGCCUUAACCUUUGGGAGCAGAGGUCAGUGCUGUGGUGGUAGAGCUUGUUUCCAGCAACAUUGGGGUUUUGUUCCUCUGAAAUUUCACAGGGAAGGGACCCACAAGGAUUAUCAAGUCCAGCUCCUGGCCCUGCACAGGACACCCCAAGAGUCACACCCUGUGCCUGACAGCAUUGUCCAAACACUUCCUGAACUCUGCCAGGCUCAGUGCUGUCACCACUGCCCUGGGGAGCCUGGUGCAGUGGCCAGCCACCCUCUGGGUGAAAAACCUGUUCUAGUAUCCAACCUAAACCUCCCCUGACACAACUUCAGACCAUUCCCUGUCACUGUCACCACAGAGCAGAGAUCAGUGCCUGCCCCUCCACUUCCCCUCACAAGGAGGCUGUAACUGCAAUGAGGUCUCUGCUCAGUCUCCUCCAGGUUGAACAGACCAAGUGCCCUCAACUGCUCCUCAUGUGGCCUCCAGACCCUUCACCAUCCUGGUUACUCUCCUUUGGACACUCUGUAAUAGUUUAAUAUCUCCCUUACAUUGUGCUGCCCAAAACUGCACACAGCACUCAAGGUCAGCAGUAUCCUGGCUGAAACAUGGAGAACCCAUGCUCUCUGAGGAGGAGGAGUUGGGUUCAUUCCUGGACACAAGCCCCAUGAAGGUAACCUAGAACAAACUGGGUAUCAUGUUUAUAUUAAAAUGGUUUUAAAACAGUCCUCUUGGCCUCAGUGUUCCUUAGAGACAGCUCACCCAAUCAACCUUUCAGUCCAAACAAAGGGAUUGUGUUGGGAGAUCUUUCUUUGAUGUCAUUUGUUCAGACUUUGUGUCUGGAACUCCUGAAACCCUUCAGAGUGCUCUCCCUUUUUGUUCUCCAGGUUUUACUGUGUCAGGUUUUUUCCAUCUGAGUUUUUUCAAUUCCAGUAGAGAUGUCCACCUGUUUGCUUCUCCAGUGAAUGAGUUUUCUUUCAAUUCUUCUGUCAGCCUGUCAUGAGCUUCAUGCUUGGUGUCAAUUCAUUGCAUUCUCCAAUCCAUCCCAAAGUCUGUCUUCAAUUUGCAGUGCUGUCACUUUGCUUUGGAGAAAACACUGAAAAAAGGACAAAGUACAUGAUUUGGAGAUGAUAAACCAGAAAUUAUGAGUGUAAAAGCCAAUCAUAAGCACUUUAGAAAGGCCUGUCUGGUGGUUGUGCUGUGAGCAGCACCUGUAUCAUCAUAAGUGAUAGAGGUACUACCCUGUUAAUUGGAAGGGCUGGGAUGAUCAGUGGCUUUGCUGAGUUCUUUUCCCCAGUGAUAUCUGGCUUGUGUGGGAGGUUGUGUCCAUGAUUUGACAAUUUGAUGCUGGUCAGCACAAAGGAGCAAGUCAGCCUUUGCUGUAAGGCUGAGGACAGAAUUCUCUAAAUAUUUCAUCACAAAUAGUGAAUAAAGAAGGAACAGUCUCUCCUUGCCCUGGAAUGAGUACACUCACAGCUACAGAAAGUCAUUUACAGCUGCUGGAGUCAUACAGAGCUGUACCCCAACUUUUUUGAUGCUGUACAUUGUGAUUUUGCUGUGUAAUGUAUAAAAGUGCAGCACUUACCUCUGGUGUGCCUUUUGCCGUGCAGUUGUGCAUCCAGUGGGCAGUGUCCAUCCUGCCUGCUCCCACUGCUUUCCUGGUGAACUCAGUUUCUGUUGGGCACACCAAGUCUUCCUGGGAAAGAAAUUAGCCCCUUGUCUGCUCUAAGUAUUCAUGGCUCCUCCUGGGUGCUGGUUGUGGGGUUUAUUUAUUUUGUUACAAAGCUUUAGAAUAUAUUCAGUUUCCACAUCUCCUGGUCUUCCCUGCUCUGUCCAAAUUCUGCCAAAUACUAAAGGAGAGGGGAAAAUAAUGAAUUCUGGAGUUAAGCAUCUGUGGACUUGACCUGCUGGAAAUUGUGCAGCUCUGUCUGCUCCCCACAGAGAAAAGUUCUGGUAGCCGAACUUCAGAAAGGAACAAAAUAGUUUUGCUCUUUAAAUGCCAUUAUAAAGCCCCACGAUUUCAGUGACUGGGUGGGGUGUCACGCUGGGCAGACAUUUAUCAUUGUAAAUGUUAUGUGUGAAAGGCUUUAAAAUGCUUUCAGAACGUGUGAUUUUGGGCACAUAAGCAGAUCACUUUUAUUAUAACCUUCAUGUUGCACUCAAUAGGGUUGGUCAGGUGAUGUUUUUCCCUGUUCAUUUAAGUGGUUUCUUACAGAGGCCUUUGAGUUCCAGAAUAAUGUUCUGUGCAACCCUGAUAAUUACUUUCUUAUUAACUGGAAGGCCAGACUCCCUUGUCUACCACCCCUUUUAGAAGUGAAUCAUGUUCUGAUAUUAAAAUGACCCUAAGCUGAGAUCUCAAGUUUCCUUUCCAGCUGGACUAAUGGGGCUUGUAGGAGGGAAGGAAAACUUCCAUGACUGCUAAUUAUCCUUGGUUUGGAUUAAUAAAGGAAAAUUACUUAACCACCCAUCCAAAGAUGGAGAGUUAGCUUACCUUUGAAAAGACUUGCUAGCUGCUAACAAGGUAGUUGCACUGGAUUUGCCUUUUUAAAAGAUACCUUGGGUGUAUCCCCUGAGUAGCAGAGGCAGAAGGAUUCAUCCUUGUGUGCACUGUUUGCUGGAAAGGCUCAGCACAAUCUUGGCUGGCAAGUUGGGCCCCACAGUAGAUGCCUUUGGAGCUAAACCAAGGACUGUGUUUCCAUCUAUGAGCCUGACCAUGACCUGUGGAGGCCAUUGGGGGUUCAAAAGUAAUUUUUAAGGGGUUUAUCUUCAGAAAAGGAAGGCGAGCUGUCUGAACUCCUCUCUUGCAAUUCUUUUCUCUUUAAGCAAUACAGUAGGAGUGAAUUGCUGUGGGGUUGGAAUUGUUUCCAGCCAUAAGAGCAAACAGUGCUCAGCCAAUGCUGAAGGAGCACUUUCCUUUAUGGUGUUCCUAUAAGGGAAUUGCAUUUAAUUAUUUUAAAUUAUUGAAGCAGGCCAAAGAGUUGUGUCCAACCUUUCAAGUGACGUAGUACCCACUAUUCUUCAUAUAAUUUGAGGAGCCAAUGUCCAUGUCACUUAGGAAGGCAAGUAAGAACUGUCUUUACAUCCUUAGCAUCGAGCAGAUGAUCAGUUUUACCAUUAGCAUAGCUGAGCUACUUUAUAAAACCUCCCCAGCCUGCAUUUUCUGUCUGACACUUCGUUGAUAGUGUUGUUUAUAUGAAAAUCCUGCAGCCCUUUUAUUUUUAACUCCUGUGUUAAUGAUGGGGAUGCUUAGGGAGAAAUUCCCUCUUUGCUUUUUUGCCUUUGCUGUGAAAAAAUAAUAAAUGCUUGUCAGCCUAACAAGAUGUAAAGUGCCUCCCCUGCUCUGCAACAUUUAAUUCCUGAGGUGUCUUUGUAACUGCAUUUUGUUUUGCUGAACAGAAUUUCUCAAAUAUUUUCUAUCACAUCAACUUGUGAUAAGUCUAGUCUGACCUUUUGGACUUAUUUUUGGCUCAGGGCAUUGUUUUUCAGUCACUGCCUGCUUCCUUUCUCUCCCAGCUAGGAGGUGAAUAGACCUAGAGGAUGCUGGUGGUGCUUUGAGGUGGAUAUACCUAAACCUCUCACUGCAGCAGCUAACAAAAGAAAAUGAAAAUGGCUCUUUGAAUUCAAAAAGCUUUAUUAGAAUGUCAGCUAGAAUACUUAAUUAUCUUAAUUAGAAUUCAAAGCUAUGAAGAACAUUCUUAAAUAUUUAAGUGCUCUCUGCCCUUGUCCAUUAAGUGCAGAUCUUCUCUUUUCUGCCCUUGUCCUGUGCAGAUCUUUUCUUCCAAUUCCUAAGUCAACCCAGCCAUGGUUUUGGGGGUUAUUGCAAGGCCUGAGCUGCCCCUCUCAUCCACAGAGAGUUGUCCCCACGGGAUGUUCACUCCCUGCCCCUCUCUGAUGAGUCUUUCAUUGCCAAGUUUCUGCUCUUGGCCCUUCCUGCUGCCAGGUUACCUUCUGCUUGUGGAACUCUGUCCUGUGCAGGCUCAGGAACCUUCAUCAGCCAGCCCAGGAACCCUCAUCCUCUGCUGACUGAGCCCAGCCCACCCCAUCUCUGUCUCCUUGACCAUGGGAACUGAGAAACCACCUGGCACAGAACCACAGCAAAGGCUGGGCCAGAUGUGGAUGGGUCUUGCCUGGUACCUGCCCAACCUUCCCUGCCUCUCCAGGACAGCUGGAGAGUUCCUCCUGUCCUCAAGAGGAAAGCCUUCCAUGGCAGAUCAGUCCUCCAAGACUGUAAAUACAGAGUGCACGAGCCCACUGAGCUCAGCAGAGCUGGGAUAUUUAUGUGUGAGAGAAUUUUCCAUAAGCAAAGUGAAAAACCCAUCAGUCUUUGCAUGUUUGGUGCCUGAGAAUAAAAAUUUUGGGCAGGUCUUCAUACCUGUUAUUGAUACAUUUCAUACAGUGCAGUGCAGGGUUGGCACUGUACAAACAGCUCUUCGUGUCUGAUUUCCGUUUUUCUUUUAAAUUACAUUUCUUUAAUCUUUAAUUUCACUCAGUAUUUGGAUUUUUUGUUUGGUUUUUUUUUUUUUAAUUUCAUACACAGAUGUGGGAUGAUGCUUUUAUCUGUUCUCAGUAAUAUAGAACUAAGUUGGCUCUCUCUGAGUUUCUCAGUAGGAUACCAAAUAUUUUCCUCUCUUCAGUACAGAUAAACCUGUUGCUCUAGAAUACAUUUAUUAAUUCACAUUGAAAAACUUUUUUUUUGUUAUUUUAAUGGAGUCUUUUCUGUAAAGAUGUUGUUUAAAAGCUUGUAUCUGAAAUGAGAUUUUUAUUGUAACUGCUCCAAGAGGACCCUCAUAGCCUUGACAUCUGAAGUCUUCCAGAAGAAGCUAAGUGGGCUCUGUGUUUGAAGUGGCAGCACAAUGCAAAGAUGUAGCAGGAGGGAAAUGUAUUGUAUUAAUUCUAACAGACUUCAAGAAACUUAUAAUAUCUAUGAAAGUUCUUCACAUCUUUUGUUCAGAGGUGUCAGAUAUAAAGAACGUUGAAAUCAAGGACAAAGAUGCCACAAAGGCUUGUGUGAGAUGGAGGACCCAGACCUCUUUAUGAGAGUGAGACAACUUCUCUUGGGCUUCUUUCAGAGAAAUAACAAUAAUAACAAUAAUAAAAAGCCACUCAGCAACAUCUCUGAGCACAAAGGCUGAACAAGUCUCUGUCCUGUGAGACUGAAAUGAUUAUUUAAUAGGUAAUUAAACCUAGUCAAGGACAGUUGUCACACGAGGUACAAUCUGUGUUUGUGACUUUGGUUGCCAGCUCAGGUCAUCACUUGUCCCUAGACAGGCAGGAUCAGGCUGUGAGUGCCCAUUGUAUUUAGAGAGAAAUUAUUGACCUCCCUUGCCUGUGAGUUUGGGGUUUUUGAGCGAUAUUUGAUGUGGGUUUUAUGAGUUGCAGAAACUUUCAAGAAUACAUCUAUUACUUGGCUGUAAAAAUGGGAACAAAUCAAGGGAACUUAGACAUCUUCCCGUUCUCUGCUUCUAGCUGACUCAUGUUAAAACUUAGGGCUGAGGAGCCUAAAUAUUGUCUAGAAAAAUAAAUUUCCGGAGUAGAAAGUGGAUUUUCAAAGGCACUGACUUCCAAAGAGCAUUUACUGUCUUGUCUCUGCAAACUCUUGAGAAUCUAACUGAUGCUAUUCGAUUGGUGACUGUGCUACAUAUCACAGGUCUUCACAGUUUUAAAAUUAUUUUUUAAUGCCAUAUGCAAAUACUUUGGCUCAGUAAGUGUGUUAAUAUGAAGCACCCAUGAAACAAAGCUUUUGUUCUCAAGCACAGAUCAGUUGAAUUGAGACCAUUAUGGCAGACAAAAAUUCAUAAUGCUUUGGCUUCCAAUUCUUUGUUGAAAUCUUCCUGGUUCCCAGAAGGAUUUCUUUGUGUUUAGUUAUGUUUGAAUCAAUUUGCCUUCAUUGUGAUCCUUCAAAAAAACCCCAAACGCCAAAGUUAAAACAACAACGACAAAAAAAACCCACCCCCAACCCAGCUUAUUUUGUAAAACUGAUUUCUGAUCAUCUACUGCUAUCUUAUCUGUUUGUCAUCUACAGAAAUUUUUACAUGAGCAUCUAGAACAUUGAUAAAAUAUUAAAUAAUAUUGAGCCAAGAAUUAUUCCCUGGGGAAAUCUGCUGGGAAAAGCCUCACCAAUUCCUGUCUCCCACUAAUGUGAUUACAUGAAGUCGCCUUUUGAUAUCAGUGUUUACAAUUUUAACAUUAAUGUCCAACAAUAAAGCUGCACCUGACACUUGGGA